AUUCAAAUAAAAGUGUCAAAGUGUGACAGAUACUUCAGUCUUGAAAUAUUCAGUUAUUUGUCAGAAUAGGACUUUGAGUUUUAAAGUAUAUCACAAAUGAUUAAAACCUGCACACUGAAAUCUUCCAGGUUAAUUACAUUCUGAUUCCAAUUAGAUGUUUGAAAUUCCCAUUCUGUCUAGCAUGCUCCUCUGAGCCUUUUAUAGACAAAAAACAGCUUUUAUGGAGUGUACAUGUGGUACUGAUUGGUUACAGGUUGGCUUUACGGAUGUAAGUGCUUAGGCUGCGAAACUGCUCUACAUGACAGGUAACCUUGUUACCCAUUAUACUGUGAGCAUUGGAUUACAUGUAAGGCUGGCAUUGUUCCAGUGUCAAUGUGUUCCCGGUUGUUAUAUUUGAAACCCAAUGAACGAAGCAAUGAACUAAAUAAAAGUUUGGAUUUUUGUUUUCAAAAACCAAUAAACGGGAGAGUAAGUGGAAGAGAGUUGGCCGGAUAAUUGACUUGGAGAUGCUAUUGGCUGGAAGGCUGCAUCGACCUUGUUCAACCUGAGGCUGAUGUGAAAAAAGAAGCAACCUCAGCGCUUUGUACCAACAUGAGCAUAAAUAAAAAUGGCUGUAAGAAAUAAGUAUUAUUCACAACAUAAUGUCUUGUUUUUUUUUGUUUGUAUUUUUAAUUUUUUUUAAUGUAGUAAAAACCUGACUCCUAUUACAAUAUGGGGGGGUUACUCUAAAGAAGUCUGUGUAAACUCAUAAAUUCAGUGGUCUCCAGUGACUUUGAGGUUGGGGCUGGCACCGCAUCAUGUCAGAGUGGCAGUUCAGCGGUUGCACACAGCCACUUUGCAUCUCCUAAUAAUAGACCAGUCUAAAUCCUCUUAAGUUCAAACCGCAUAAGUUGCUUUCCCCAUGUGCCGUCUUUGCAAAAACGUGCGAGGCCGUGUGGGACGAGGCGGCGAGAAUGUUGAAGAUGUGGGAGCUCGAUGGGCUCUCGUGUGCCUCGAUUUUCCAGAUGGACGAAUUUAAGUGUUCUUAGUUCAACAGCUGUUUCCCAGCACGCCUCAGGAUUUAUCCGCCCAUGGGUGACCAGGCAGGUCUGGUCAGCUUGGUGGCCAACACAGCAUACCUGGGAGCUCUGCAGCCCGAUAGCAACGAGCUAAGAAUGCGGCGAGUGUCUCUGACGCUGCCCACGCCAAAGAAGUCCUCUGCUCCUCAGGCAGCACUGGAGAAGACCUAUGAGUCUCUUUGCGAGCAGCAGCCUAUAGGAAGGAAGUUGUUUCAGCAGUUUCUCCUGACCUCUGACCCUCAAUGUGUGGCUGUUGCUGAGUUUCUGGAGGAGCUGAGCAACUGGAGCGUUGCCGAGGACGGAACCAAGGAAAAGGCCAAACAGAGGAUACUGUCAAAGUUUUGUCAGCCUCAGUCUCAGACUUUCCUCUCCUUCCUCACAGCGGAGGACGUCAAGGCGUGCCUGUCUCUUUUCAACAAAAACGACGAGGCAGCCGUGGAGCAGAUGAGAGAAGCGACUAGAAAAUUUCUGAAAGGAAAACCUUUCCUGGAGUACAUGAAAAGCCCCUUCUUUUACCGAUUCCUGCAGUGGAAGGAGUGCGAGAGGCAGAAGAUUACCGACAGAUACUUUUACGAGUUCAGGAGUUUGGGCAGAGGUGGCUUUGGAGAGGUGUGUGCGGUCCAGGUCAAGCACACAGGUCAGAUGUACGCCUGCAAGAAGCUGGACAAGAAGCGUCUGAAGAAGAAAGGAGGAGAGAGGCUGGCCCUUAUGGAAAAGCAGAUCCUGGAGAAGGUCAACAGCGCCUUCAUUGUGAACCUGGCCUACACUUACCAAAGCAAAACCCACCUGUGUCUGGUCAUGACCCUUAUGUCCGGAGGAGACCUCAGGUUCCACAUCUACGAGUUGGGCAGGAGAGGCAUCCGCAUGGAGCGUGUUGUUUACUACGCAGCCCAGAUUGUUACUGGUAUCCUUCACCUGCACUCUAUGGACAUCGUGUAUCGAGAUCUGAAGCCUGAAAACGUUCUGCUGGAUGCGAAGGGCCAGUGCCGACUGUCAGACCUGGGACUGGCCGUGGAGCUGCCAAAAGGAAAAAUGACUUGCCAGAGGGCUGGUACGACCGGCUACAUGGCUCCAGAGAUCCUGAAGCAGGAGUACUACCGCACAUCUGUGGACUGGUGGGCUCUGGGCUGCAGCAUUUAUGAGAUGGUGGCUGGUCGUUUGCCUUUUAAAGACUUCAGGGAAAAGGUGCAGAACAGCGAGGUGACUCGUCGAACUCUGGAGGAUGAUUGCAAGUUUGAAAACAAAAGCUUUGACGGCCCGGCCAAAGAUAUCAUCAACCACUUUCUCAAGAAGAAGGUUCUGUUUCGCCUUGGGUGCCGUAGAGACGACGACCCGCGGACUCACACGUUCUUCAAGAAUGUCAAUUUCCACCGUCUGGAGGCAGGGCUGGUGGAGCCCCCCUGGGUGCCAAAACCUAAUGUGGUCUACUCCAAGGACUCUGAUGACUUCAGGGACAACUCUGAGAUCAAGGAUGUCAAGUUCGACUCUAAGGACGAGAAGUUCUUCAAGGAGUUCAGCACUGGCGCGGUCUCCGUCUGCUGGCAGAGGGAAAUAAUCGACAGUGGAGUAUUUGACGAAGUGAAUAAUCCUGAGGUGAACGGACAUGGCCAAGAGAGUGUGUGGACGUCCAGGAUGUGCGUCAUUUUGUGAGAUUCUGGAUGUCUUUGCUUGAAAAAUUAAAUUCACUCGCUGUUAGCGCUACGUGUUGAAUUAAGCUGCUCGGAGACAUUUUAGGCACUUGCCUUUUUUCUUCAGAUCAAUGCAUUUUCUUUCUACUGUAGUGCUUAGAAAGCUUUAUAUAACAAAACGUCUGGUAGUAAUGCUGCCAGGGCCAAACACAACAAAACAUUAUUCACAAAUAUUAAGUCAAACAAAAGGGCUCGGCCGCUUCAAACUUUGCCCUUCUAUUCCUGAUUAGACAGUCCGUCCCAGUGGAUUCAUAGUUUCCAUUACAUCAUGCAUCCAUUUCAGUAGGCAAUUGUUCACAUGUGUUUGUAAACAAGCUGCGUAAUGGUUGUAGGUCACUGACAAAUGGCUGGGUUAUGAUAAUGUAUUUGCUCGUAAAUCUUGUAAUUCUUAUAAUCAGCAAUGUGCCAAAAACCAACAGGGCCUUUUGGUUGUGACAAGGCAAAGUCAUACGCAGUGUGAUUGACGUAAAUCCUCUCAAUGACAGAUAUUCACCACUAAGUGUCGCCAAACACCAACAAAGUGCAUAAAGCCUCAUCAUCACCUCUCAGCAAUAAAACUACCUUGGCUGUGUUGGUCUGGUUUUUAUGAGGAUGUACACAUUUUUAAUAAUGAAUCCAGACAAAAAGAAACUUUGUCCACACACUUUGUUUUUCCGCCUAGAAAAAAAAAGGCAAUUAAAAGUCAGUGCCAAUCUCCUACUAGAGGAGAAUGUACUCCCCGGGUCAAAUUGACCCACGAACAUUAUUGCUGUACCUCAGAAACAAACAUAACAGGAGGGUUAAGUGGAUACAUAGUUUUAACAGUUUUAAUAGCUUAUCCUGGGUUUGGUAAACUUUUUAAUCAGUCAGCAGUGAAAAAUUGCUUUGCACCAAGUUAAGUAAGCCACAAUUUUAGCAAGCAAAUUUAAACUCCUUAUGCGAGCUAAAAAUUCAGAAAUGUUACCCACAUGUUUAGAAAUAGUUUCAUCUGUUAAAAUAAACUGCUAGCUAACGAUGCUUGCUCUUUCUUGCCAUUAAACCGUUGACCGCAACAUAUAAAUAUUAAACACAUUAUCCAUCAUUUUGCAGAUUGUAAUAGAGGUAAAUGCUCUGUGAGACAGCACUGUCAGUCACUGUGUGGCCCUCGUGUAAAAUUGUGAACUCAGUAUCAAUAUUUUGAUAGUUAGCUAUUUUAAAUAUCAGCCUUGAGAAAUUAUUUUAAAAAUGUAAUAUAUUCACCUGUAUAUUUUAAAUAUUUGCUAAAAUAUUGACUAUUUCUGUCUCAGUGAGCUAACAAAUUAAGUUUGUGUCAAAAGUUUCUAUGUGGUCGUAGUCCCGUACAUCCCAAUUACACUGCUGAUUAUAUCUAUAUACCAUCUAUCUGCUAUCACUAGUCUUUAGGCAGACGUUUUUUAUUUUACAGAAAAAGAAUUACACCAACAAUUUGAUUCAACGGCCCAAUAUUCUGUCUUUUCUAAAUACACCUAAACAACUUACAUUUCGCUGUGGAAAUUAAUGACGCAUCUCUGCUUUAGAUUACUUUGAAAAAUAUGGAAACUAUUUGUUAAAAGAAAAAAAGUGGAAUCCCUUUUAAAUCCAGUGAGCUAAAUUUAAAAUUCAGAGCAACGGGAAAUGAAAUGGGAAGCUUGAGACAGAAACAUUUAGGUAGAUCAAGGACAUCUAGAAUGUUUGCUUGGUGUCAUCCCAAUGAAACCGGUUGCAGUAAAUGCACAAGGUGGCAUUGAAACUGUAGACACGUUUCUCAUUCAGUCAGGUGGAAAUAAGAUUUGAAGUCAGUCCUGGACAGCUGACCUGUCUGCUGCUGUACCAGAAUGUUGGGACCUGACUAAUGAAGACCAUAGUGUAAUAAAAACUAAAGAUGUGUAGCAAGCUACUACUUAUUAUGAUAUGUGAUUCCAUAACUUUCUACUUCACUAAACUUGAAAACAGUUUUAAUUACAACAGAGAUAUUUAGUUUUAAGUUAUGUUACACAAAGCCAUCAUUGUUACCUAGGUAAGUUUUGUGCCUUAUCUGAAAUUUUUUAAACAUCCUUUUAGAGGAGGGAUGACACUUUUUCGUUGCCAGGAAUUGCUUUGUAUACCCGUCACCCAAUGUUUUACUUGUUUGUGUAUUUACCAAUAGUUCAGCUUGUCAACCCCUUCUUAAAGCUAUUAGCUAAAACUGGAUCUCGUUAAAUUCAACUAAGCUGCUGGAUCUGUGCAAAACGGAUAGUAUGUAAAAUGUAACUAGCAACAAACUGCACAAAAAACGGACAACUAAUGGCAUAUGCUUAAUUGUUCCAAGGUAUCACAGAACAAUAAGGAUAGAAGAGCUUUUACCCAAACAGCCUAUGAAAAAAGCAAUUCUGAACCCCAAAGGUUGCAAGUGUCUGAGGUGUCCAGUUUAGCAAUCCAUGUCGCCAAAUUUCUUGCCUAAAAAAGCAAUCACAUCACUCACACGUUUUUAUUGAGUUUUACAUAAACUCUAAACUUGGAAACCACUUUAAUAUUAUACAAUCUAAUAAUUAAAGUAAAAAGAAAUCCGUACUCAAAGAAAAAAAAAGUUUAUUGUUGUAUGCCAACGCAGUUUUAACCUUGAAAGAAUGCACAUCAACAAUGUAAGCAUGAAAAUGUAAUCUUUAAAAUGUUGGGGUUUUUUUCACUGACUUUACCCUCUGAAGCAGGGGUCCUCAGACUUUUUCCUGUGAGGGCCACAUAACUUUUCCCUUCUCUGGUGGGGGGCCGGAGUCAGUUUGUAACAGAAAAAG